AUGGAAUAUCUGGUUCAAAAUUUGGAAUGGCUCCACGAUGAGUUAUGUGAGGGCGAAGACGACUACUUUAUUUUUGAUUGCCCAGGGCAGAUUGAACUGUACAGUCAUUUACCUAUCAUGCGGCAACUGGUUGAUGCGUUCAGGGCGUGGGACUUCAACGUGUGCUCAGUUUUCCUGAUUGAUACUCACUUUGUGCUGGAGGCUGAGAAGUUCAUCGCUGGUGCACUUACGGCUCUAUCCGCAAUGGUGGCAAUUGAAACGCCAUGUGUGAAUGUGCUUACAAAGAUGGAUCUACUUUCAGAGAGGAACAAAGCU